CAAUCACCUAAACAUAUGCUUUGCUGUUUUUCUGUUAAUGAGAAGGCCUCUCUUUCUUUCUUUAUCUCCCUGACCAUUUGAGAAUUGGGAUUAUGGCAUUCGCAAGAGUUAUCAUAGCUCUUGUUUUUGAACUUGUUCUUUUGCAUCCAUAUUCAGCUUCAAGCGACUUCCUUUCUCCUUUGCUCUCUCCUAUCUUUGAUGAUGUGUGCAAAGAUGUGAAAUGCGGCAAAGGAACAUGCAAGCCUUCUAAGAACAGCUCUUUCUUCUUCGAAUGCGAGUGUGAUCCAGGUUGGAACAAACUCUUUGCUUCCAAUGACGACGGUGCUUUCAACUUUCUUCCCUGCAUAAUUCCUAACUGCACUGUGAACCACUCUUGCUCCAAAGCCCCUUCUCCUGCUCCACAAAAAGCAAGACAAACUAACGAGUCGAUAUUUGACGCUUGCAAUUGGGUUGAUUGUGGAGGAGGGUCAUGCAACAAGACAUCAACAUUUUCCUAUGCUUGUGAGUGCGAUACUGGCUACGACAAUCUCCUCAACUCCACUGCAUUCCCUUGUUACAAACAGUGUGCUCUUGGGAUGGAUUGUUCUAACCUUGGAAUAUCAGUGAAAAACUCAUCAUCUUCUGAACCACCUGCAUUGAAUGACAAUAGUAAGAGUGAAGGUAGCUCAAUUGUGCAAGGAAGUUUCAUUUGGGUGGUCAUGCUGAUUAUGUUGAUGGCAGAGAUGCAGUUGCAAUUGCGAUCAUUGUUUGAUGGAUAUGGAUUCAUAUAAAUAAGGCAUUGGAGGAGUUUAAUUAUAUGUUGAUUAGUGUAUGUAGUAUUGUAGUACACAAAAGAUUGUCAUACGACUUCCAUAUGUCCUUGCUGCUUCUUUUCUUUAUGUACAGAAUAUAAAUUCAUGUUUGAUUGUUUGA